GCUUCCCCGACUUUAGAACUGUGUAGCCUAUCGCCAUGCGCGCCCGGUCUGUUUCGACUAGCGCGUAUGGCGUGUGGCUUCAUCAAGUUCACUUUCAAUCUGGCCGGGCGGUGCCUUCGGCGCUGCAAGGAGAGAACAGCCUCAUCGAUGAGCGGAAACGCAAGGCGGGCCUCGAGGCCUUGCUGCAGAAAGCAGUCCUUGGCCAGGAGCUGGCGGCAGAAGCCGGGAGCCGGUCCUUGAUGAGGUACCCAGAAGGAGAGGCGGUUUCGCUCGAUGAAUCUCAUAUCAAUUUCACGGUCGAUGGCAAAGCCACGCCGUUGAUCCCGCUGCUCCUUGCGGACGUGAUGUACGAGCCGGUCAGGAAGAGAUACGCAUUUUCUUCGAAAGAGUCUGCGAGUCAUGUGGUGCUUGUUGCGCCUCGACCUUGUGCCAACUUGGCGGACAAUCCUGCUGCCUGCUCAAAGGUGUGGCUGUUAUGCGUGGGUACAUGUAAACCGGAGGAGUUGUCCAAUCUUCUGCUCCAGUUCAGCAGACGUGGCGCCCUGCGUUGGGAUGUGAAGCAAUGCUAUAGCAUCUCCAGGAAAUGCCUGGGUUCUGGCGGUCAAGGUGCCGUCUUCACCGGCGCGGCGCGGUCGCCGGCCUCGGCCGCUGGGCAGCUCAUGAAGGAGGACCGAAGGUUGCUGGAUAUGGACGGCAUUCACCGCCUCGACAUGGUGGCCGUCAAGGUGUGGAACUACGAGGCCAACAACCUCAACGCCUUGAGAUCGGAGAUCCGAUUCCUGCAGAAGAUGUGCGGGCACCCCAACGUCAGCACUCUGCUGGGCGUGUUUUGCGAGGCGGGCACGGAGGCGCACCAGAAGCCUCAGUGGGUCACCAUCACGGAGCUCUGCGCCGGCGGCGACUUGUUCGACCUGGUAGCGGACGGAGUCAUCCAGCAGGAGAACGUGAUGCAAGUCAUGGUAGGCAUCUUCUCUGCUUUGAUCCACCUGCAUUGCAAUCGCAUCGUCCACCGCGAUGUGAAAGCAGAGAACGUUGUGCUGCAUGGGGAGCGUGCUGUCCUGGUAGAUUUCGGAAUCGCCUGCAAGCUGGACGACCUGGAGAGCAUGAAGAAGCGCGUGGGCUCUCCGGGCUACGUGGCCCCGGAGAUCAUUCAGGGCAAGCGCUACAACGAAAAGGUGGACAUCUUCGCGGCAGGAAUAAUUAUCUACUUUAUGCUCCGGGGCAAAUUGCCGUUUUCUGCGGAGACUCAUGAUGCAAUGCUUGAGAAGACGGCGAAGUGCGAGGUGUCUUACGACUCCGAGGCCUUUCGGGACAUUUGCCCGGAGCUGAAGCAGAUGAUGAAGAUGACCAUCAGCCGCGACGCGAACCGCCCCAGCGCGUGGCUCUGCUUCGAGGCCUUGUUCGCCAUGGCCUCCCGGGAAGUGAGGACCUCCGAGGCCUUUCAGAUCUCGCGAUCUGCCUUGGUCCACCUGGGAAUCAUCCGCGAGAGCCUUUUGCAGGCCUCGCAGGAUGCAGAGAACCUGACGGAGGACGCUUCGGCCACGGAGGAUUCGGACCCGGCCUCCAUCUCAUCCCUGGCCAUGGUGGAAGAAACCUGCUCCCUGAGGGACACCCAGGGCCGGCGCCCGGCGCGGACCGACAACUCCAUGCGAACUCGAUCCAGCUCCGGUAGUGUGUGGCAGCUGAUUCAGGAGAUACCUGCGGCUGCCGUGCGGGGGUUCCGGAAGAUCUCAAGCAGCGGCUCCUUUACAGCGGUGCGACAGAUGUGCAACGUGGCCGGGGAUUUGCCUAAGGUGGCCCUCUCCUUUGUGACGCCAACCCACUCAGAGGAUGUCUCUGUCGCGUCCUUCGCGGAUGUGACGGACCGCGCAGACACGCUGCUGCAACUCCCAGAGCACGACUCACUGACGCUGUCGAUCCCUUCGGUGGCCAUCCCAACACCGCCUGCCGCAGCACGGCAGAUGCCAGUGCCCAAGCAUCGCCAACGAUACUCUCGUCUUGUGCCACCGGAAGUCGUCCCAUGAAGACUUGAUAGGUGUAGCUUGGUUUGUUUUGGCGCAGGGUCUCACUGAAUUACUCCAGCCUUGGAGAAUGCUUAGGCAACACCGGAGGUUCACUCUUGGGCUUUCUGUUCUUUCUUCUUUUUCUCUGGGC